AUGCGCGUUCCAAACCAGCUGUUGCUUCUUCUUUUCGUUGGAGUGUUAGAGCUUAUCUCCGCCACUCAAGUGGAUUAUUCUCAAUAUGUUAAUCCUUUCAUGGGAUCGGAAGGCCCAACUCCGGGUCAGGGUUACGGAGGGGGUGAUAUCUUCGUUGGUGGUGCUCGACCCUUUGGAGUAGUAAAGGUGGGAAUCGAUACAACAGCCGCAAACUGGAGUCUCGCUGUUCUAAACGGUGGCUGGACACCUGAUGGGAAUGUCACCGCAGUCACCAUGAUGCAUGAGAGCGGCACCGGAGGUGCCCCCAAAUAUGGUCUUAUACCACAGAUGCCUCUUACCUCUGUAGAGUCGCCGGUAAACCUGUUAGAUAACCUUACUUAUAGCCAGCCCAGGGUUGGGAACGACUCCGCAAGUGUUGGAUAUUUCAGGACCUUACUUCAGAAUGGUGUAGGGAUUGAAAUGUCGGCUAGUCGACAUGCUGGUAUCAUUCAGUAUUCUUUCCCUGAAGGAGAGAAGCACGUUUUGGUCGAUAUAUCCCACUAUCUUCCCGGGUCACCCGGCGAUUCUAAUGGGCAGUUUUACGUCGGUGGCGAGAUAAAUCUUGAAGAUAAUGGAAAAGCAUAUACCGGUUAUGGAACAUAUGUCGGUGGCUGGAACAAUGGCGCACCUUUUACCAUAUAUUUCUACGGCGAGUUCUCUACGGCACCGACGAAUGCCCGUACAUUUACCGGCACUAACACAGAUCCGAUGCCACGUUAUCAGAACCUGGCAAAUGGAGGCAUACCUCAACCAACAUAUGGCAACACUACCGAUAAAGCGACAUCGGGCCCUAUGAAUGACCGUGUCGGGGCGCUCUUCAGCUGGGAUACUGAAGCAGAUGUACAGAUCAGCUCUCGAGUUGGUAUAUCCUUCAUCUCAACAGAAAAGGCUCGCUUAUACAUCACAUCGGAAAUUCCUUCUUGGACGCUGAACGACACCGUGCAAUCUGCUGUUGACGAAUGGAACCAGGAUGUAUUCAGCAAGACUCAGGUAUCUCUCGACAGCACGGCGAAUAUGACAAAUGUGCGGCUACUUUAUAGUUCUCUCUACUUUAUCCACUUGAUGCCAUCCGACCGCACCGGUGAAAACCCGCUGUGGCAGUCAGAGGAACCUUUUUGGGAUGACUUCUACACGCUUUGGGAUAUAUUCCGCUGCACAGUCAGCUUCUAUCAUGUCUACCAGCCCACCUACUAUGAAUAUCAAGGGUUCCUACCAGACGGCCGCUCAGGGAACUGGAACGGACUGGUUCAAGGCGGCUCUGAUGCGGACAAUAUGCUAGCAGAUGCCUAUGUGAAGGGUCUGCGAGGCGCAAUCAAUUGGACAGAUGGCUACGCAGCGAUGAAGACGAAUGCGGAGGUUAUUCCAUACAACACUUGGGACGCUACUGAUCUAUCUGCAAGUACGAAGGAGGGGCGUGGAGCCCUGGGUGACUGGACCGUGGAGUAUAGUCUUAACGAUUUUGCGGUCAGCCAAGUGGCCGCAGGGGAAGAGCCUAGCGACCAAGAAAAGUAUUUGAAUCGGUCUGCUGGGUGGCAACAUAUCUGGAAUCCGGAUGUGCAGAGUCUGAACUUCAGUGGCUUUUUGGCGCCCAAAUUUUCGAACGGCUCGUUUAACAACAGUGGCUAUGAUCCUCGUUACUGCUACGGAUGUGAAUGGCUCGCAUAUACGUAUGAGGGCGUUCCUUGGGAAUACUCGUUUGUGCUACCGCAUGACAUGGAAACCCUGAUCGACUUUAUGGGUGGUGCAGAUACAUUUGAAUCCCGACUGGAUAUGAUGUUUGAGCCGAACAUGUCAGUCCAGAACCUUGGAGCAAAUGGGGCAGGUAUUACGACAAUCAUGAACAUUGGGAACGAACCCGACUUUGCGACCCCGUACUUAUACAAUUACAUCAACAAGCAAGCCAAAAGCGUGGAAAAGUCGCGGAAUCUAGGGUAUCAGUACUUCCGAGACGAAGCCUAUGGAGUCCCAGGGAACAGCGACGCCGGGGCGAUGAACUCGUGGCUCUUGUGGCAGAUGUUGGGUAUCUAUCCUGUCGUCACACAACCAGUGUAUCUUCUCGCUUCGCCCUGGUUUCCAGACCUUAACAUGACCGUCAAUGGCAACCAAACACUCCGUAUCAUCGCGAACGGAUUAGACAAGGGCUACUAUGUGCAAAGCGUGAAAAUCAACGGACAAGCCUGGACGAAGAACUGGUUCGAGCACGAGGAUGUCAUGACCCAGGGCGGUACCAUUGAGUUUGAGCUAGGCGCAGAUAUGACAGCCUGGGAUACUGGCAUUGUGCCUCCCUCACCGGGACAUCGGAGCAUAUGAAGGACAGGCAGCGCAAGCUAGUC